AUGUCUCUGGAUACCCCAAUCACAAUCCUUCCCUCUGAAGUCCUCUCACAUAUCCUGUCAUUCCUCGAUACACCUGAUCGAUCCAACCUCGCCUCUUGUGCAAGAGCAUCCAAACAAUUCCAUCAUGCAGCAACACCCAUCCUUUACAGCCAUGUCGUCCUCCGCUCGGAUCAAGACUUAGGGAUGUUACUUCCUCAAUUUAGUGUAGAAGGAGAGAACAGGAGGAAAGAUCUGCUCAAACAUGUUCAGAUCAUGACUAUAGGCAAUGAAAGAAACAGGGACAUCUGGAGCUUGAGCAAGGUAUGUGAAGGAUGGGAGUCGUCAGGCUUGUGCACCAUCAGAAUCGCUUGUGGAUCUUAUCUUUUGCCAUGGCGUCUUCUUUCGAUGAUCAACCUUAUGAAACCUACCAAAAUCAUUUUUGAGACCAUUGUCCAUAAAGUCUUGACUUGGCUCCGUCUCCGUCAACCCCGAUUCCUUUUCAUUUUGAGGUCUCUGGAAGAACGAGCCACUGUGAUUUUCGAAAUGGAUCACGGACCCGUCAAUAUUCCGUUAGCGCCUACUGACUCUCAAGCUUCCGUGAACCCGGUGUACCUUUCGUUACCGAAAAUAGACCAGGUGAAGAAGCUGGUAUGGAUUUUCCCUCCUGGUCGGACAGAUCUUUAUGAAGCGAUUGGCACCUCCUUGAUCAAGACAUCAACUUAUUUACCGCUAGACGCUGAGAUGAUUCUGGUCCAUCGCUUUGAAGGGAUCAAUCAACACGCGGAUAGUAACGCCAUGCGAUAUCAUGAAGUUUUUCAUUCAAGCUUACCUAAGUCAACUAUUCGAGAGGAAUUGCUCAACGCUGUACCGAUUAGAACGCCUCCUAUCGAUGAAAUCUCCAAAGGAAUUAGUAUAGGCGAUUACAUCGAGAAGAGAAUGGAGAAAAUUCGCUUUCUUAGUACGGAGGAAUAUUAUAAAAGUGAAUGA